AAGGGUUGGGAAUCGAUCCAUCUCAUUACGGUUCACCCAUGAGAGAAGAAUAAAACAAAAGAACGGGGGCAAAGCGUAAGAAAAAGAAAAAGGAAAUUAAAAAGGCACCGAAACGGAGGAGGACCAAAAACCAAACGGAGGGCGAAACCCUAAGCAACCGCGAUGGCAGCGGCGUAGCGAGCGGGGUUGAGGAGGAGGGGGGUAUGGCGAGAUCUUCUGACCUGGAGGAGAGGGAGAUCUGGGGGACGUGGGAGGAGCUCCUCCUUGCCUGCGCCGUCAACCGCCAUGGCACCCGGCGCUGGGACUCCGUCGCCAUCGAAAUCCAGUCCCGCACCCCCGCCUCCCACCUCAUCACCCCCCACGGCUGCCGCCAGCGAUACCGCGACCUCCAGCGCCGCUUCAGCGCCGGCGCCGUCAACGGCAGCGGCGACGAUGACGGCGGCGAGGACGAUCCCCAUCCGCCGGCCGACGUCCCAUGGCUCGAGGAGCUCCGGAGGCUCCGUGUCGCGGAGCUCCGCCGCGAAGUCCAACGUUACGAUCUAUCUAUCGGAUCUUUGCAACUGAAGGUGAAAAGGCUACAAGAUGAGCGGGAGCGGAGCGCACGGGAUGCGGAGUCCGGCGAUGGGAAGCCGGUUGUGGAUGCAAAGAAGGGGGGCGGUGCGCCGGGAUCCACGCCGGAGAGCCUCUCCGGAAACCGGAUCUCCUCCGGCGGUGACUCCGGCCCCUCGUGCGAGCAGUCCAACUCCACCGACCCGAAGCAGAAAGCCGGCGAGGACUGCAGGGAACCUGAGGAAGAGGGAGCGUUUGCCGGAGCCGGUAGCGACGCGGCCGAGCCAUCCACCGGCGGUGACGAAAAGGCGGCGGAGGGUUCGUACGACAGCAGCACGGGGAGCCCGGCGGCCCGGACGCAAGCGAUGGGCGAGUCGAUCGCCGAGUCGAAGGAAGUCGAGGAGGGGGAGAAAGAGAGCAGCGACGUGCAGAGCUCGGUAAGCCUCUCGCGGCGGCGGGGCACGGCGAUUAUCGGUGGCGGCGGGGUCGAGGAGCCGGAGGCGGAGGAGGCGUCGAUCAUGAGCGGGGUGGUGGCCGCGGCAUCACAGCCGUUGGUUUCCCUCCUCGAGAUCAUCCGGUCGCACAAAUACGGGUCCGUCUUCGAGCGGCGGCUCGAGAGCCAGGAAAGCGUGAGAUACCGAAGCAUCGUACGGCAACACGUGGACCUGGAGAUGGUGCGAGCCAAGCUGGACGCUGUAGAGCCCGGGCGCUCUUACGCGACUUCGGAGUUCUUCCGGGAUCUGCUGUUGCUCUGCGGUAACACCACCGUCUUCUACCCCAAAGACUCCCCCGAGUUCGCCGCCGCCGUUCAUCUUCGACGGCUCGUGACCAAGGAAAUGGCUACCACUGUUCUGACGCCGACGGAACCCACGCCGCAGCCUCCCCCUCCCCCUCCCCCUCCUGAGCCCAAACCAACCGCCUCGAAAUCCGAGACCGAACCGGACCUCUCCAGUGGCCUAGUUGACAAACCGAACUCCUCGCCGCUGCUAAUUGCCUGCCGCAAGCGCAGCUCCACGUCGAACAAGCCAGCUGUGGCGGCAGUGGAGAAGGAAGAGAAAUCUGAUCCUGCGAGAAUUGAGUCGGACAACGAGGAGAAGAGCCUCCCGAAGAAGACUACCAAGGAAAGGUCCGUUCGUUCUGGGAGAACCAGAGGCUGGCGGACCAGCAAGGUCCGGGGCGGUAACGGGGAAGGAAGCCCGGCAGCGAAAAGGUCCAACGUUGCUCCCUCUCCGUGCCUCAAGUCCAAACCGGUGGAGAAUGUGGCGGCCGUCGGGGAGGCGGCGAAGCCAGACAAGAACACGGGCGGUGGUGCUGCCACUUGUGCAGCUUCUACAGCGAAAAAGCAAGGCUCCACGGGCUUCUUGAAACGUAUGAAGCGGAAUCCGAAAGGAGCGAUCGAGGAAAUGCCGAAGAGAUCGUCGGGAGGAGUCAGCGGCGGCGGCGGCGGCGGAAGCGGGAGAGGUACGGAGCAGAAGAAAGAGGCAAAAGGUGGCGCUCGAAAGGAGCAGGGCUCCCGUCAGGGGAGUACUGGAGGAGGUGGCAGCGGUGGUUCGGGGAAGAAGGUGGCCGAGACGAGCGGUGGCUCGGCGAAGCGGGGCGUGGGGAGGCCACCAAAGAGGGCGAGGGAGGAGGCAGAGAUUGCAGCGCCUUCCAAGGCUCCGGCGUCAGCUUCGAGGAAGCGACGGCGGAUGUGAAGUGGGUCCUGUGACUGUGGCGUUGGCACGGAUAACCAAGCGGAUGCCUGUAACGUAUCGUUUGGACGUUAAUUUAACCGUUUCAGAUGUUGUUAGGACACAAGCUCUUUUUCUUUUUCUUUUUCUUUCUUGAUAUCAUUUCUCGAUUUUAAAUUUUUCCAACGCUGGACUACAAAAUUUACUUUUAA